UCUUGACAGAUCGCGAAAAUUACAAGUUGGAUGUUGAGGAAGGAACUUUUUGGCCACGUGUGAAGGAGAAACAAAGAGUAAAUUCGUGAAAAUUCGUUUGAUAGAUGACAUCUUUCAGUUUUUGUCUGUAGGACUAUGGCGUGCGAUUUGCCAUGCGUCUCGCACAUGGCAUUGUAUAUCAUAUCUCUACACAUCAUUCAUAGUAACUCGAGGACUUCAACCCACUGGCGGCUAAAUCUUCAUGAAGGGAAAGUCGUGGAAGCCAGCGGAAAAGCUGCUGACAGUGUGGACUCAGGAGUACAAGAAAACGACGAUGUUGUCAUGGAUAUAUUGACGCGCAAAGUAAUGUUAGCAGAGGGCGGAGGUUGGCGUGUGGAGAGGCCAUCAAACGAUAAAAACAACCACCAAUAUUUUGACAGAUGUUUGGGCACUGGAAGUUUGGACGAGAAGAACCGAAACGGGAAAGACGUUUGUUCAGAUUUAUCAGAAAAGAAAGAUAAGACUAAGGAAAAAACUGUGCUCACAUGUGGGAAGCCAGUGAAUACCACAAAAUAUGACCAUUUACGAGGAAUUGCCAACAGAAGUGAACAUCCACAUGUUCCUGAACCUGAAGUGGCUCUCAUUUUUAAACAGAAAGGUGGAAAAGAUUCCGGAGAGAUUGACAUGAAUUCAUUAGAAGAACAGUUGAAAAGAAACAAAAAACAGAGACCCAAGUCAGUGCAGGUUUAUAACCAGAUUGGAAACUUCUGGCGGAUACGAGGCAAUACACAGCUGUCAAUUGAAUGUUUCCGCAAAGCCCUAUCUUUGUCACCAAACAACCCGGAUGUCCUCCUGAACACGGCUCGCGUCCUCUUCAACCUCCAGUACUUGGAUGAUGCCAUUUUUCUCACCCGGCGUUCUUUAGAAAUGCAGCCACCAGAUCAGAAUACCUGGCUUCAACAUUUUACACUUGGGGAAAUUCUCAAAGCCUAUCACCACUACCAUGAAGCCUCCUUACAUUUUCGGCACGCUCUGGAUUUGAACCCAGGUUUCCAGCCUGCCCAGGCACACCUCAGAGAUAUGGAGGGGGCGCCCAGCCCUACUGUUACCCAGUACACACUUUUUAUCAUCUUGUUUCUGGUGCUCGGUGUUUUGUUUGGAGUGGUCACAUCAGUGGAGGCCAAUUUUGAUGAUUAUGGUGAAUCUUCCAAAACCCAACGCCAUUUUAACAGAGCCAUGGCCAUGAGGUCAAUAAAGUUGGGAAUCAACCACAAAUUGAUCCGCAUGCGAAAGCACAACACAUAGCUUCCAUCGUAUCUUCCAGGCAUAAAGUGUGGACACACAUACAUAUAAUUUACGGUAUGGGGAAUGUAGCCUUAGGAUCAGUAUCUGAUAGUCUAUGCUAUGUAUAAACAUAUGUCGUAACUAUGACAAAGAUUAAUCACUGGAUAGAUAUUUGAUAAUCCAGCUCACUGUUAGUCUACAUAAACUGACUUACAAUCCAUGACCUAAGGCCAGAUGGUUGUCAGAUAAGGUGUUGGAAGGUAGGUAUUCGGGUCUUGUGGAUUGUGCUUUACUUCAACUUUUUGGUUGAGUCCUUCCGUGUUGUUAUAAAAGGAUGACUCCAUAUAUUUCACUAAGGUGAGAAAUAAAUCUUCCAAUUCCUGCUGUCA